AUGAACAAUUAUUUAAACUUAAAAAAUCAUUCCAAGUUUAAAGAUAUUACUAAUAACUUGUUGGAUCUAGAAAAAACAAUUCAAAUAGAUAAAUGUGAUUUAAGUGAUUUAAAAACAAUAUAUAGUAAUAGUGAAAAUAGUUUAAUUAGUACUUCAGAAGAGCCAUCAAAUAAUUCUGAUAUUAAAAAUGAUGAUUCUAUAAACAAUAAAAGUGCUUUUCUCAACAACUGUCAUCAAAUAGAAUCAAAGCUCAUGCAUAUUAUAAUGCAAAACCUUAUUGUAGAGAAUUAUCUAAAUCAAUUACAAUUUUCUUCUCAGUUAUUAGCAGCUUUUAAUUUAAUAAAAUCUCAGAAAGUUACAAGAAGUUUACUUUAUAAUGAAGAAAAAGAACAAGUUGAUCUAGAAAAUUUUUUACAAAUAUCAACAAAUAUAAAAAUGGCAGCUAAAAAAACUGAACUCUUUCUAGGAAGAUUACUUUUAUCAGUAAGAAAACAAAUUCGGUUACCUGAAAAAAUUUUACAACAACUAGCAGAUUAG